AUGGCAGCCACCCCCGACGUUCCGCUCCAAACUCGUGUCGUCGACGACAAGUCCCCAAUCUGCAUCCCCUUCAUCCUCUCGCGCCUAGCCGCCUACCAACAAGAACACGCCCACGAAGCCAUCCCACGGCCUUUUAUCGUCGGGCUCAAUGGCGUGCAAGGAGUCGGCAAGACCACCUUCGUGCGGGCGCUGGCAACCGCUCUCCAAGAAGGCGAGGGCUUGUCCACGCUGGUCGUGAGCAUCGAUGAUUUCUACCUGACACAUACCGACCAGCUCGCAUUGGCUGCGAAACACCCGGAUAACGCACUGGUACAGUGCCGUGGGGAACCUGGAACGCACGACAUCCCCCUCCUAACAACCUUCCUCACCACCCUCCAAACAGCCCUCACCUCCCCCAGCCCAACGCCCAUCCCAAUCCCCCAGUACGACAAAUCCGCCUUCUCCGGCCUCGGCGACCGCCUCCCCCCUUCGCUCUGGCCCACCACCUCACCCACCAACCCCCCACGCGUCCUCAUCCUCGAAGGCUGGUGCGUCGGGUUCCGCCCGCUUUCCCCCGCCGCUGUUGAGGCGAAAUGGCGGCGGGGGGGGACUCGCACACUGCAUAAACAUACGUUGGAACAUUUGUUGUUUGUUAAUGAGCAGCUUGGGGCGUAUGCUGAUUUGCUCGUUGGAAGCAGCGGCGUACUAGACGCCUUCAUCCACAUCGACGCAGAGGAUACCGAGUACGUAUACGCCUGGCGAGCCGAGCAAGAAGCCCAGCUGCGACGGGAACGGGGCGCCGACGCAGCCAUGAGCGAGGCGCAGGUCGUCAAGUUUGUCGAUGCGUACUACCCGGCAUAUGAGCUGUACACAGACGGGGUGAGGCGGGGGAUUUUUAGGCCGGAGGACACAGACACAGAGACGGGCAGCAGCGGGAAUAAUGGGGCCAAGGUGGGGUGUCAGUUGAGGAUGAUUGUGGGACGGGGGAGAGAGGUGGUGGAUAGUAUGGUCAUUUGA